AUGAGCUCAGAAUCGUCCACUGUGUCUUAUGUUCCCACCCCGUACGUUCCUCCUAGCCACUGGCCUCACAUCACUGGAAUCUUCCAUAACCACAACCACACAAUCCUUAACCCUGACUUCUUCUCUGAGGUCCCUAUCAAGUACCUUGUGCUUGCGCGGCUUGGACUCCUCCGGCCGUAUGGAUGGGUCGUCAUGGACAUUUAUGGUCCAGUCCACCUCACGCGGCUGAUACACUCUGCACGGUGCAAUGUGCUGGCCUUCCAAGGCUGGUGCCUCGACCUCACCUAUCAGGCGGACACCAACAACCGUGCCAACUUCAACCCCUGUAUCAUAUAUACCUUCCCCGCUCCUGCUUCAUGGAGCCAGUUGUUCCACAACCUGCGUGUACCUGGAUCAUUUGCAGUCAUGAUGAAGAUACUGUCUUUGACUCAGAGGUUGAGAUGGGCAGCAUGGGGGAGAGUGACAAUGACUGCAGUUUGGAUGAUCUUAUUUGAGGGAACAAAUAAUGUAUGCAACACACCUGUUGCUGUUGCUUUUAAUUGUCCCUCAUUUGUACAUUCUUACCCGUCUCUCUUCCAUCAUUGA